UAUUUAUGUAAAGAAUCUAGAUAUGACACACAAAUUAGCCACCCAGAAGACAAAAUAUCAUUAAACAGUACACAGUCACAAGAGCACACAAUCAACAAAAACAAAGGCAGAAAUCUAAGAGGCAAAGGUAGUGCUACGAACAAGGAUUUGGAAGGGGCAUUUGAGGCCAAAUCAUCUACUUCUCCAAAGUCAACUUCAAAUCACUCUCAAGCAAUAUCAGUGAAUUUGGUGCAGUUCAUGGCAUAUCAUUCACAUCUUGUGCAUUGGUGUCUCACAAAUGUAUCAUUUAAAUCAUUUGUUCAAUCUUCAUAUAUUAAUUGCUGCAAUAAAAAAGUCAUUAGUCCACAAUCAAAAGUCUGUCUAAUCCACAAUCAUUGUCAACAUACAAUUACAAUAAUUUUGCAUCUACAAAUUAUGAUUGUGUUAUAUCCACAAUAGCAACUGUGUCAAAUCCGCAAUCACAAUUGUGAUCAAUGCAAAAUUACGAUUGUGUUCAAUCAUUAACGACAAUUGAGUCAAAGCCUUAAAUCACAAUUGCGCUCAAUCCACAUCACAAUUGUAUUCAAUUCAAAAUCACAAUUGCGCUCAAUCCACAUCACAAUUGUAUCUAAUUCAAAUCACAAUUGUGCUCAAUCCACAUCACAAUUGUAUCCAAUUCAAAAUCACAAUUGUGCUCAAUCCGCAAUUACAAUUUUGUUCAAUUCAAAAUCACAAUUGUGCU